AAUGCACCUCACGCCUGGUCGCGUUUUGCAAAAAGACAUCCCACAAGUUAAUUACAAACUAGAGUUGAUGAGCUCCGUCUGGUCAUUAGUAUUUUUCUCCAGUCGUCUGCUGGUGCUAUUUCAUUGGGAGAAAUUCUGAUAUGUUGGGAUUCCCUCAAUCUCUGACGAAAUUAAAAAUGUCAGGCUGUGGAAAUCAGACAUCUGUGAAAAGCUGAAAACGGUGAAAUCAUCCAUCACAGAGAAGUGUAUAUGAUAUUCUGGAAGAGUGAAAUCAGUCAGCUGUCAGUGGUAAUUGAGGAUGAAAGGUACCUUUUACCGUCAAUACUUUCUGGUACUAAUUUUGUGUUAUGUAUUUUGAACUGAAUGAUAAGAUACAACAAGUUCGUCAUGAAUCGACGUGGAACAAUGUAGCUGUUUUUGUGGAUAACAAGCAUGUUUGCUUAUACCGACUAACCAUUUAUUCGAAGUACUGUGCGUAUUAUCGUUGUUCAACCUGUGAUCGAAUAUAUCAAGAGCGUCGUGAAGAAUCCGGGCAUAUUUUCAAAAUUAUUGAUGGUUCGUUGUUAGGAGAACGAGCAUUAUCAUAGCGAAGAUUGUAAACCAUUGUGGUAUGUUGGAUUAAAGAGUUUGAUUAUGACAGCCGUCUUCAAAUUGUUCGAGGACUUUUGGAAUUGUAGGAAACUAAGGCAAAUGUCAGAGAAAAGUCUAAUAGUCAGUGAAGAAGUCGCAACUGCAUCCAUGGAGCUACCGAAUGUUUUCGAAUGGUCGCGCCGCAGAAGUGUCCAAAACCUUGGAUAGAAUCGUGACAGUUUGCCAGCUUCAAAUGUAAAAAUGAGUGGGCUACAGCAGGAAACAAUAAACUGGACGAAUGAAGCAGCGGCAACCAUUGAUUCCACUUUUUUUUCUCGUUUUCUUCGUCUCUGGAACUGGUCCGAAAAGGUUGAU